CAUAAGAAGGCUGCAGUCAUGUGAUAUCAAGAUGGUGGAUGAGAGGUGUAAACAUGAAAGUUUACAAAUGUCAUAAUUUUAGGUCUCAGAAUGUCAUACAAGUGGACAACGAACCGGUGUCUUUGUUUGCAUACAAGGACAAAUUGUUCGUUGCAACACAGAAUUGUUGUGUCUUUGCUUUUAAGUUUUUAGCUAAUCAGAAUCACCAGAGGACGAACGCUUUUGCUACAGAGGCGCGAGUUCAACAGCUCCUGUUUAAUGACACUGGUAAUUAUGUUGCAACUUUAGAGGUGAAAUCAUCUAGAAGGCAAACAUUUUAUGCAGUAAAAAUUUAUCUGAACUGGCAGCUGGCGACAGAUCCAAACAGCACCAGAUCUUGUGUACGACUUGCCAAUCAUGAUCAUAGUUUGAAGCCAAACAGUAUAUCUAAGGAUCAACUACAAGUCAUUGACAUACCUUGCAGCAAAGAAGUUACAUGUAUAUCUUCUUGUCAAAAGACAGGAAACCUAGUGAUAGUUCAGAGAGACAAAACAACUUUCUACCAAGUUGUGGAGAAAUCUGUUUCAAAUUCUGAGAAAACUUAUGUGGAUGUAGUGCCAUUUUUAGAGUUGGACUGGAGUUUUGAUGUGAAAUGUAUUUCUUUCUGUGAGAAUUAUGUAGCAGUUACAUCAGAAGAGGAAGCACAGGUUGUGCGUCUUUUGUACACAGAAUCUAACAAGCAAACAGAGGACGUUGACAUUUUAAAACAUUUUCCUUCAAGGACUCGCAGAAGGGUAUCCUCAGUCUUGAGUGAACUAUCUAUAAGCUCUGAUAAGCACCAAAACUUAGAUUCAUCUCUUAGUCAUGGAUCUAGAUAUGGAGCUUUUGGUUCAUCUAGAAAUUCUAUGAAUGCUAGUCCUGCAUUAUCAUCAUCGUCCUUGAACAAACUAGGAUUUGAUGCAUUUAAUAAAAUUGAUGAUGAUGAAAACUUUGUGAUAUGGAAUUUUGAUGAAAGUGAACAAAAAGAGGAUCUGGAUGGGAGUUUGUUUCUAGGAAGACGGGGAGUCAGGAGAAAGCAAUCCAAAACAGCCGUUCUGAAGAGUCUGCAUGAACUCACUCAGAGAGACAUACUUCUGGCAGAUAAUCCAAAACACAGUGACCUCAGAGGAGGCAGUCACUCCACUAUAGGAGAACUCAGUGUUGUUACAGUACUGUACAAAAGAAGUUCCUCCAGUACAGAUUCGUGGAAGUUCAUACAACUCCAUCCAACAUACCUCGCUGAUGCUGAGAGGUUGGUUAUGAGGGACUGGUAUAGAGAGAUCCCCGUUCAGUCCUCCGUGUUCAGUAGUCUGGUGGGUGUGUCCUGUCUCCUGAGCAGUGCCAGGGUGGGGACAAUGUACAACUUAUGGAACAAGACCUCAGAUAUAUCACAUUAUAAAUACACACUAGAUGUGCAUCAGCUGAUAACAGAUGGGAACUUGUUGUAUGUCAUGAAUGAGAAAGGGUUGGAGAUUUAUUCCAGCAGGUGUAAUGCAGCAGCCAUUCAUAACUCAGAGGAUCUUAACGGCAUUACCAAGGCUUACCCCUCUGCUAGCCUGGACAUCUGUCUGUUAGGGGCCCAUCCUUUUAUUGGCGCUACACAGAUCACACUGGCAGAUGAUACUGUAGUUCUGUUGUCCAAGGUGGAUGGAUCUAGCAAUAAAAAUGAGGAGAGUAUAUGGAGUCUGUAUGCCCUUGAGAAAUGUUCUGUUUCUGAACUUUUCAAAGAUAUGCUGAACUAUGGAUCCAAGAAUCAAAAGUCAAGCUCUUCAGCUUACUUACACAUGUUACAAGAAAGUCACAUGAUUGUGAGAAAUGCUCUCAUUGGUCAACAGAGAACAGAUGAUCAUCUACUAGAAUUAUACAGGGAGUCAUGUGGCCUUUUGGGUGAACACUACUCACUGCCUGAUGCAGAAGAUCACAGAUUGUGUCUGCCCUAUUAUCUGAUGUCUGGUCUCUCCAUCAGUGAUAUCAUAAAACAAGCUGUGAUUUACAAACUCCAGUCCAAAAAGACAACACCAUAUUGCUAUGGAAAAGGAUUCAGUUAUUACCUGAGUUAUGUUUUGUUUCAAGAUGAGGAGCCUUUUGUUUUACUUGAGACAGAUGGAGACCAGAUCCUUGAAGUGUGUGCUGAGGUUAUUCCAGAUCGAAUGUCAGAGGUUAUCUUAUUCUCCCGUCUCCAGACAUACAACCCAGAGACUGCGCUCAAACUGCUUCAAUCACAGAUGCAACAUAAAUCAUCCAUCGAUGAAAAACACACUCCUGUAGAUAUGGUAGCUCUGGCAAGUUUACACCUGAAGCUGUGUGAUCCAGAACCAGCACAUGUGGCUCUGACAUCAAUACCACAAAGGGAGCUAACUAAGAUCUGUAUCCGCCAUCAUCAGCUUCUACAUCAAGACUUUGCAGAGUUAUCCCCCUUAUCUCAAUUGAUGAGAUGCCAUUGUCCUCAAGUUUUGAUCACCUCCCUGGUGGCUCUACAUGACAUAGGGAUGAUAUCUCUGGAUUUAGCCAUCCAAUUACUGCAGGGUACACAUGAUGAGGAUGCAAAAUUCAAGAAUAAUCAUGUCAAAGAAUACCUGGAAAAAAUAUUAGAAGAUAAUCGAAGAAAAUACAUUUUUGAAGAGGCAGCAGUUCUUCUCUCUGAAAUAUACAUGAAGAGAAUUGUUCAUGUUACACAUCCUACUGACAGACAAAGGCUGAAUGGACAAGUUCAGAUCAAGGCCACUGGAUACUUUGGACAGAGAUAUUCCUGGUUAGAUGAGUUACCUCCCUUUAGGGGGUUAUAUGCCUUAAAGCAGCCCUGUCUAUAUCUCAGACCAUCCAGUCCUACCACAGUACGAAAAAACAACAUCACAGCUCCAGCUGUCAAUAAACAGGAGAACUGUCCUUGUGCUCUAUGUCAUGAGGACCUCCUUAAACUACAGAGUAUGCUCUGUUCCCCCUCCUGUAGUGGGGCUGUGGUGGACAAAGUUCUAGAUCUCCUAAAGACCUCACCCUCCAUACAGGGCAGGGACUCUGUCUGGGUACUGUGUAAAAUCAGGUCAGAGGUCACAGAAACUUUCAAGGUCAUGGUGGAAAGGUACCCGACUGUCCUUCUUAGUUUUAGUACAUCUGUACUGGAGGCAGAUCCUGGUUUGUGGAGCCAUUUUUUGAAUGAGGUUGUGCAGAUGAAUAAACUCCAAGCUGAAAAUCCAGAUGAGAAUGCAGACAUUUAUUUUAAAACAUUUCAAGGCAUACUAAAACACCUGACAGAUAUUCUAAAUGUAAGGGACUUUCUCCAGAUUUUACCUGAGGAGGGGAACAUGCUGUUUUUCUUGCCAUACAUUACUGAGUGCCAAGAAAAGGACAAAUCUAAAAAGCUGUUAAAUACUGUAGUUAGAAAAGGAGAACAUUUACAACGAUUUGUUUAAUGCUUUAAUCAACCAUUUUUUAAUAACAUGAUAUUCAAUAAAUUUCCAACAUCGUG